AUGGCAACCCGUUCCCGGACGGCCUCUCAAGCCCAAUCCCCUUUUGAUUUGGGACACCUGGAACCCCAGCUUCCGCCAACCUCCUCUGUCAAAUAUGGUGAAGUCUCCCUCGAACAAGUCACCCGACUCCUCCUUGGCCUACUUGGCCAAGUUGAGCGCCUCAAGCAAGAAAUUGCUGAGAUCAAGGAAGCAGGGAUCGAGACCCGGACAAACGUCGAAAAUAUCUCACAAACCGUCGAUGUUGUCAAGGAUGGUCUCAAGUCCCUCCAGCUCCAAGGCCCCCGUACCCCAGAAGGGAACCAACCCAAGGCAGUGGAAGAAACGCCACGCCCCAUACCAAAAACCAAGCCUAUUGGAUUGGUUAGUAGGGGACCCUUCUGGUCAGAACCAACUAGGGAAAUCCCAGGCCUCGCCCAGCCUACCCCAAGAAGAGCCGCACCCCCGCAAGUCCCGUCUCCCCCUCCAUCUCCGCGUCUCCAAUCCCCCAUUGGAGCACCUGCCCCUCCUCCACCGGCUCCAGUCGCCGCAUAUCCUGCCCCGGUCAAAGUAGACCACCCAGAUGCCUAUACAGGCAAGAUCAGAAGUGAAGCCAAACAGUGGCUCACAAGGAUGUUGGCCUGGACCCGGCUAAAUUCGCGCAUGUUUCCCACGGACCAAGAAGUCCUAUCCUUCCUUCUAAUGAAUAUGAAGGAUUCCGCGGGAGCAUGGGCACACCCACACCUGGACCAACUUGGAUCACACCGGGCAAUCAUCCAAACGGGCCGCCAAGCGGAAGAUUACCACGCUUACCCAGUCCGGCACAUGCGCGGAUUAUAUCACAAAGUUCAGAACCCUGGCAAUGGAACUGGACUGGAACAACGCGGCCCUUUGAGGCCAGUUUGCCCGCGGCCUCCACUGGGAGCACUUGUCAUUGAUAACGCUCUCCAAGAAGAGCGUGCUAGCCAUCCGCCGAAGGAUAGUAAGUCUAGCAAAAACCCCGCAAGGGGAACGAGUACCGGCCAUGCCACAACCGGUUCAAAAAAACUCUCCGACGACCCCAACUUUGUGUCGGAAGAAGAACGCAAUCGCCGCCGCGCCGCAGGCGCCUGCAUCAAGUGCGGCAAAAUGGGUCACAAGUUUGCGGAAUGCCGCACGGGCUGGAAGGCAACCCCUGUUGAGGAAAAAGGGAAAGCCAAGGAAACCGCCAAGAUUGGCAAAGACUCCAAGUACCAAUCGGGAAAAGAGUAA